CCUCCCCCCUUCCCUGUCCGCAUCGGCCUUCCCCUUUCAUUGGUGCGUUGGGCAGCCCUAGACGAGUUUUCUUUCCUUGGGUGGCGUAAUAAAUACAGAGCCACGUCAACUACAUCCUUUGGUUUCCAUUUGCCUUCUACCUCUGUCCUCUUCAGCUCUUUGCCUGAGAUCUACCUCUGCCCUCUUCAGCUCUUCAAAAAUGGCUUCAACGGUUCCUAGUGGCCGUCAAUAUCCCGGCGAUGUCAGCCUCCCUUUUCCUGAUAUCGAGAAUCUAUCCAACUCUACAACGAUCGUCCAUGAUGAGUCUAUCACACAACCAGUAAAGGCAUUCCUCCCCGGUCGCCGCAAGAGCCUCCCUAUCACACCUCGGGAUUUGGAAGAGGCCCGUGUCUAUCACAGUUACGAUUCUUCAACGACGCUUGAGACAAGUGAGAGCAGCGAGGGCGAUGACCACUGGGAGAAGACCAGGAGGUCUGAGCCUUCCAUCCCUGACCGAAAUCCUCCUCAUGGCCCUAGUGAUGCUCCCCUACCAGCCAAGAAGGGCAACAGGUUCUAUCGCUAUCUACGCUGGAAUUUCGGGUCUGUCUACCGCCGAAUCUUUUGCCUCUCGGUCUUGGGCAACAUCGCCCCCCUCGCAUACCUUCUCGCUCAUGGUCUACUCGGCGGGCCACGCCUGACACACCAGGUAGCAUCUACCGCUGUUUCGGCCAACAUUCUCGCGGCCAUCCUCGCCCGGAACGAGCAUGUUGUCAACGCCAUGUUCAUCGUUUUUGGCACUUGGCCUAAACGCGCCCCUUUCUGGCUUCGACGACUGGUCGCAAAGGUCUACUCAUACGGAGGCGUCCAUAGCGGCUGCAGCGUCGCCGCCACGUUCUGGUACAUUGUGUUUCUCGUUCUCCUCACUCAAGUUUUCACCAGCGUCGGGAUUUCCGUCCUGCGAGGAUACCUCCUACUGGUCAGCUACCUUAUCAUACUCUUACUUGUCUCCAUCAUCAUCUUCGCCCACCCUCGACUACGCUCCGUCAUCCAUAAUUGGUUCGAGGGCGUGCACCGGUUCAUGGGCUGGACAGUCGUUCUCCUCUUCUGGGCGCAGAUCAUGCUUCUGACCGUCGAUGCGGCCGCCUCCCGCUCCAUUCCCUUUGGCACGGUCCUCAUCACCUCGCCACCCUUCUGGAUGCUCCUGGCGAUCACGCUCCUGAUCAUCUACCCUUGGACUCGCCUACGCCUCCGCGACGUCGAGGCGGAGGUCCUCUCGGACCACUGUGUCAAGCUCAACUUCAACUACGGCGACGUCCAGUACGGCCAGGCCGUGAGGCUGACCGACGCUCCGCUCCGAGAGACUCACUCCUUUGCAGUCAUCCCCAACCCCCCUGCUCCUUCAGCUGCCCCACAUCAACAGGCGGGCGAGGCGCAACUGGUGUGCUGCCGCUGCAGGGCUGUGCUCGACGGCACGGACAACAACGAAGCCACGACUACCAUGGCCGAGGGUUCUCCUCUCUCAACCACCCAGCCCAAGACCCAACCCCGGACGCCAUCCCCCUCACCACAGCAACAAGUACAGGCCUCCCAGCCCGCCUUCGGAUCCUCCCACGCGGGCAAGGCCGGCUUCUCCGUGCUCGUCUCCAACGCGGGCGACUGGACCAAGAAGGUGAUCCACAACCCGCCCAAGAAGAUGUACACGCGCGGGGCGCCGCAGUACGGCGUCCUCCGGGUGGCGGGGCUCUUCUCGCCAUGCAUCGUGGUGGCGACGGGGUCGGGCAUCGGCCCGUGCCUGUCGCUGUUCGUCCAGCGGCCAGACCACCCCGUCCGCAUCGUCUGGUCGGCCCCGAGACCCGCCGCCACCUACGGCCAGGCCGUCGUCGACCUGCUCUACCGCGCCGACCCUGGCGCCGUUGUUAUCGAUACCCGCAAGACGGGCCGCCCGGACCUGGUCGAUAUCGCGUACCGGAUCUGGGAGUCGAGCAGGCGGGAGGUUGCGCGGGCGGGGAAGGGGGCGCCUGCGUCGGGGCCGUGCGAGGCCGUCGUCGUCAUCUCGAAUCAGAAGGUCACUAGGAAGGUGGUCUAUGGGCUUGAGAGCAGGGGCGUGGCUGCGUAUGGCGCUAUCUUUGACUCGUGAGGGGUAUGAGGACAUGACGGGUUUCCCCCUUUUCACUUCUUCCCUUGUCGUUUUACCUGCUUCCCCUGUCGUUUUUACCUCCCGGGUCUGGGAUAUUCGUGACAUCUCAGACCGCUUGGGCAUCAAGGAAUUGUACGAGGUAUGGAGUUGGUUGGAACUUGUUUCCAGGCAUGUUUAGCUCCUCCUUUUACGGCUCUCUCUCUCAUGCCGGGAAGAGUAUUCAAGGCGUCUCUUGUACAUUUUUAUCCGGGUCCGGUAUUUUACGGACCUAGCCUUGGUUCCGUACUGCUGGGACGCUGGCGCGUUGGCUGCUCGGUUUGCCCCUGGUUGGGGCUUUCGGUCUUCUUCUUUUGGUUUCAGUUCCUCCUACCAUAGACGGUCAUUUAGAUGAAAAGUUUGGAUUUGCCAAGA